AUGGAGGAGGCGCUGCUCUCCACCCCCAUCAACCCCAACAACUUCCCCGCCAAGCUGUGGCGGUUGGUGAACAGUCCCCGGUACCGCUCGAUCCGCUGGGACGGCCGCGGCGAGGGGCUGCUCAUCGACCAGCCGCUCUUCGAGGCCGAGCUGCUCAGCCCGCCGGGGGCAGGGGCUGGAGCCGGGGGUGGUGGCGGCGGCGGGGGCAGCAGCGGCGGGGGCGGCGUGGGGGGCGCCGGGGCCGAGCCCGAGCUCUUCAAAACCACCAACUUCACCAGCUUCAUCCGCCAACUCAACCUCUACGGCUUCCGCAAGGUGGUGCUGGGCGGGCCGGGCGCGGCGGGGCCCGGGCCGGGGCCAGGGGGCGGCGGGCCGGCGGGCGACGGGCCGCUCCACCACUUCCACAGCCCGCACUUCCGCCGCGACCAGCCGCAGCUGCUCGUGCACCUCAAGAGGCUCACCAGCGCCAACAAGGCCAAGCUGGCGGCCGGCCUGGAGGUGCCCUGCCGGCCACCCAACCGCUUCCAGAGGCUCCUCAUCACGUCGGCCUCGGCCUCGGCCUCCGCCUCCACCUCCCCGCUGCAGCACCAGGAGCCGUCGCCGCCCGCGGGGCCCCGGCCCGAGCCGCACGGACCAGUGGCUGUAGGACAAUUCCACCGGUCAUUCCGGCGAGAUAGUUUGUCUCCUUACUCCUACGUAUCGACUUCAUCCCACAACCACAGUACUUUCCCUCUGAAAGGUUUAGAUCGGACCCCGAUUCCUCCUAGAACAUGGCAGAACUCCCUUGGAAUGCACCCAGGACAAGUGGAAACAUCUCCCACUUUUUCAGAUAAAGGGGUUCCAUUUCCUGUACUGCAGAGGUUUCCAACUGAGGUUACCUAUACCCUGCAGCCAAGUGCCACAUCCGUACACGUUCAGCAAGGUCCUCAAACAAUGGUCAGCUCCUCCCAAAAAUACAGUAACUACACACCCUCAGCGCAGUACUCCCAAGCCUACUAUCCAACAGCUGUGCUGCAGUGCUGCUCUCCUUCUGCCCACAUGGACGCUUUAAGUAGUUGUGUCGCUCCCACUGCCUCUUCCUAUGCACACUGCAACUACUUCCAGAAUCCUCCAAUGCAAUCCUCCUAUCCAGUUGAAUUUCUGCCUUCUAAUUGGCCUUGCAGUGCUACUGAUGAAAAUAAAAAGACAGAAGUAAACCUAGAGGCUGUUUUUCAGAUAGUAGAUGAGUUGCAUUCCUCCCCUAAAUUGGAGAUGGUGAAGGUGGAGCCUGUUGAGAAUCAGUGCCCAACAUCUCAGUCUAACAGAGGCCAACAUAUCCUAGCUAAUUCAAACAACAGCAAUCCAUCUUCCACAAGUCAGGCUAGCCAGCUGGAGCCACUUACUCCUGUAGGCUCAGAUAUUACAUCUUUUGUGGUCGGAACAGAACAAGCAAUUACCUGCUCUCUACCACAGUCACCUGAGUACAUCUAUACCAUCCACACAGCUCAGCCUGUUGAAAAUACGACAAUGCAGGAAUCUGCAGCCAUCCAACAAGCUCAUGUCAAACUGAAGGAGCAGCUAAGUCGUAAUCCAUCUCCAUCUUCAGUAGUGUUUGUGCAGGAAGGGCUACCAUUCAGCACACACCAGGUGGAUGCCAGUAUAAAAUGCCAGACCAGUCCACCUGAGAAUAUCUUGCCUUCAGAACAGAUGGGAUUCCUUAUUUCAGAAGUGGGGCCUGCUAGCAAGCCAAGUAAAGACGCAGGUUUAUCUACUCCAGCCAGAUACAGAGAGCGAAGAAGCAACUCACAGCAAGGAAAGUCCCCUGAUCUUCAUCUGCUGGUGGACGUGGCCUGCAAGCAGGAGCACUUUCCAAAGGAGGAAGAAUUAAAAGAGUGA